AACCGUUCAAUUUUCUCGUCGCCAAACCUUUUACACACAACCAAAUUUCCUCAUUUGGUUUCUAAUACUUUUUAGCGACAAAUUAAGAAUGGUUGUGCGUUCCCCCACGAGAAGCAAGAAGACGCAGGCAUUGGGCAUUCCGGUGAUCGACCUUUCCCUCGACCGCCGCACGGUGUCGGAGCUGGUCGUCAAGGCCUGCGAGGACUACGGGUUCUUCCGGGUGACGAACCACGACGUGCCGCCGGAGACAGUUGCCACGUUGGAAAAGGAAGGGCUCGAGUUCUUCGAGAAGCCGUCGCCGGCGAAGCAAUUGGCCGGGCCGGCAGCCCCGUUCGGGUAUGGGUUUAAGAACAUCGGCUGCAAUGGCGACACCGGCGAGCUGGAGUAUCUUCUGCUUCGCGCCGACCCUGCCUCCGUCGCCGAGAAGUCCAUAGCUAUCUCCAAUGACCCAGCUCAUUUCAGUUGUGUCGUGAAUGAUUACGUGCGAUCGGUUAGGGAGCUAGCCUGUACAAUCCUUGAUCUUGUGGCUGAGGGUCUGUGGGUCACAGACAAGUCUGUAUUCAGCAGGCUAAUUAGAGACGUCGAUAGCGACUCGCUCCUAAGGAUCAACCACUACCCUCCGAUCAAGGACGUCUACAGUUGGGAUCCAUUGGCAAGACUACCGUAUCAACAUGGAAGGUGUACGAACAAUCGGAUAGGGUUUGGGGAGCAUUCAGACCCCCAGAUCUUGACCAUUUUGCGAUCCAACGACGUUCCAGGGCUUCAAAUAUCAUUGCGUAACGGGUUGUGGGUUCCUGUCCCGCCAGAUCCAACAGGUUUCUAUGUUGUUGUGGGUGAUGCUCUACAGGCUCUAACAAAUGGAAGGUUGGUAAGCGUGAGACACAGAGCACUGACAAACACGGUGAAGCCUCGAAUGUCAAUCGGGUACUUUGGAGCUCCGCCCUUGUCUGCAUGGAUCUCCCCUCUUCCGGAUCUGGUAUCGCCCCAUAACCCGAGUCAGUACAAGGCCUUCAGGUGGGCCGAGUUCAAGAAAGCCGCCUACUCUCUACGACUAGGAGAUUGUCGUCUUGACUGGUUCAAGAAUAACCAAACCAAAGAUAAACAAGUACCACUCCCUGAAUUUUGAGUUUUGACAAUCUAGAACGAAGACCUGAGUCAAAAGAGACAAAAGAUAGGGACAAAAAUGGAAAAAAAGAAAAUAGAGAGAUGUUUAUAUGCUACCUUCAAUAUAUUUUUUCUAUUUUGGUUUGAGAUAUUUUUAAAAAAAU